AUGGCGUCCGCAGAAGUCCAGAAAGUGCCCGUUUACUCGGUCAAUGACAUAAAAUCAACAACCGAUGACGCCCUAGCUCCCUACCUUGGCUCCCUCCCCCAACCCUACACAUUCGCCCAAGACCACACCAAGACCAAUGUCCACCUAUUCUUGGGCUAUGCUGCCGUCGCAAUUGCCGGCUUCAGCUUCUAUGCUGAACGCAAACUCAACUGGGAGGCGACACAUUCGCCAUGGAUCAUCGCAGCCGUUUUGUCGUACUUUACCUUGAACUCGCUCCUCACGUACUGGGUUUGGGCUGUCGAGGCGGGUGAGGUAUUCCAUGGGAAGCGAAAGUCGGGUGAAACGAUUAUCAUUCGGUCGUCCGUGCAGAAGCACUCCCCGUUGUACAAGCUGCAGGUCCAGUAUAAGUCGGCGCAGGGCAAGAUGCUGCAGGAGAAGGAGAUUGAGACCUCGUUCACUAAGUGGUUUGCUGCGGAUGGGACAUUUCAUCCCGAGCCGUUGAGGGCCUGGCUGGCUGGUGAGAUCGAGGUUCUGGGGUUGGCAGCCAAGGAAACGCAGAAGAAGACCGGCGGUGUUGCCAGUUUAGUGGGUGUUGAGGAGGAAAGCAAGGAUGUCAAGAGGAGGAAGUGA